AGUUGCCGAGGGAAGGUUUAUGUGAACGGACAGUUUACAUAUUGUGCUCUAACUUGGAUUUUUCACUUUGAGGCUUGUCUGGAUCGCGCUGGUUAUAGGCUGUUUAUUUGUUUUGCGUAGUAGUUUAUGUAUUUGCUUUGUAAUAUUGUUGCAUGUGGUGUGUUUCUGCAGCAUAAAGCAAUGAAGCUGAAGGAGCUUGAGGGUUGCCUGCAGCAAGUUGAUGUGUUUGAGAAUCCAAAGCUUCUCUUGGAGCAAUAUCCCACAAGACCACAUAUUGCAGCGUGUAUGCUAUACACCAUUCAUAAUACAUUUGGUGAUAUUGAAGAUAAAGUAGUCGCAGAUCUAGGCUGUGGGUGUGGAGUGCUCAGUAUUGGGGCAGCUAUGUUGGGCGCUGGAUUGUGCAUAGGAUUUGACAUAGAUGAAGAUGCUCUAGAGAUAUUUAGAACCAAUGCUGAAGAGUUUGAACUCACCAACGUUGACUUGGUUCAGUGUGACGUUUGUGCGUUGCCGUGUAACAACCUGGUGAAAUCUGUGGACACCGUAAUAAUGAAUCCUCCUUUUGGCACAAAACGUAAUAAAGGUAUGGACAUGGCUUUCCUAAAGACUGCUUUGCAAAUGGCAAGAACGUCAGUAUAUUCUCUACAUAAAACCUCUACAAGAGAACAUAUUAAAAAGAAAGCUGCAGACUGCAACGUGAACAUGGAGGUAAUAGCAGAGCUCAGAUAUGAUCUACCAGCCUCAUAUAAGUUUCACAAGAAGAAAUCGGUUGACAUUGAAGUGGAUUUCAUUAGAUUCGCAAUCAACUGACAUUCACCAUCUGAAGACUUAAAAAUACAGUUUUCCCCCUAUAAAAGAAAAGUUCCAAAAAGCAUCCAAGACAGGCAGCAGCAUAUUACUGGUUCUCAGUACCAACUUCAGUCUUCUUCUGUUUCGCCUCUGGCUCCUCAGUGGACUUGUCCUCCAGCUGCCUCUUCUUUGGACUUCCAGGUGCUUCUGCACCAUUCUUGACAUCAGCUGAUGCAGAGACUUCCGACUCUUUUUGAGGAGAUUCUGAAUGUGUUUAAUUACAAUGUAUUAGUACAUUGUGUAUAUUGUAAAUAUUUAACAGCAUCUAUAAAGACUUAAACUUCAUAAAUCAGAUACCAUUAACACAUCACCUCACAAUAUUACAGUCCAGCCACAAACCCAAUACAUUUAGUGUCGGUUCUCACUAUUGCUAAUAUGAGACACAAGGAGACCACUGAUGUUUGUGAAUACUCUUACUAAUUCAGGGAUGGUAUUUCAUACAAGCAACCUGUUGUGCAAUAGACACACACACAUACAAUAUGCCUGCUGAUCAUGUGGUUUGACAGGAUCCAGUUUUUGCCUUCUGCAAUUACUCAAAACUGAAGACUCCUUUUAAAAUUGACUUAUGGGUCUAUUUACUAAGCCUUGGAUGGAGAUAAAAUACCAGCCAAUCAGCUUCUAAUUGCCAUGCCACAGGCUGGGGUUGACAAAUGAGUUAGGAGCUGAUUGGCUGGCACUUUAUCCUACCACAGCUUAGUAAAUAGACCCCAUAGUCUAUAUAAAAAAAUAUAACAAACAAAAACCGGCCAUUGAACGCGAGGCUAGAAAGUUAGUUGUCUUUUAUAAAAACGAUGGUUAAGCAGACAUCACGUAAAUGUUAAGAAAAAUGUAACAAGGUCAUAAACGACUCAUUUCUAGACCAUAUUAAAGAAAUUGUACCUUCCA